CCGCACAACGUCGAGCAGUCUAAAUACAUUUGAUGCACCAGCAAUCUUUAAAAAGUUUAUUUUUGUUUGCUGAGCUAUUUUCUCCAAAAACUUAUCAAUUGUUUCCUUGAAGGUGAACUUUGAAACACAUUGCUAUCAUACAUUGUCUCAAUUUAUGUAUCAGUGGUAUAAAGUGUUUGUGAAUAAGUGUAUAUUAUGCAUAUAUUUAUGUACAAAGAAAUAUUUACGUUUAUUAAAGAAAAUUGUCAGUUUAGUGUACAAUAACUUUUGAAAUCGUAACAAAAUAAUUUAUAGUAAUUUAUUAGUGAAAUGUGUAAUAACGAAAGUCCUCCGCCGUCCAAAGAGACGCUUGCAGUUGGAUUAUCCGUCGGUAAUUCAAUGACUAACUUUCUACCCGGGAUUGAACACUACCGGCUACAGCUUUAUCAUUAUGCAAUGGCAGAGAGACUUCGACUUGCUCAGCAACUACACUCCCAGCAUUCACAGCAUGCAGUUUGCCAGUCGGCUAGUAUUGCACAAUCUGGAACGGGACAACUUGGUAUAAACACAAGUUUUCCCCUACCGCUGUAUUCCACAGGAAGUAGUUAUUCUCGAGGCUUAGCUUUAUCAAUGGCCCUAUUACAACCACAUCAUCAACAGGUUCCUGAAGAACCGAAGCCUCAGCAUAGUUACAUUGGACUUAUUGCAAUGGCAAUACUGUCAUCUCCAGAGAAAAAACUUGUUCUUUCAGAUAUUUAUCAACAUAUUCUUGAACAUUAUCCUUAUUUUCGACGGCGCGGACCUGGCUGGCGAAAUUCCAUUCGACAUAACCUAUCACUUAAUGAUUGUUUUGUUAAAUCAGGUAGAAGUGCAAACGGAAAAGGCCAUUAUUGGGCUAUUCAUCCAGCGAACUUAGAAGAUUUUAGGCGCGGUGACUUUCGUCGACGUAAGGCGCAACGUAAAGUUCGUCGUCACAUGGGCCUAGCCGUUGAUGAAGAACCAGAUAGUCCAAGUCCUCCUCCCUUGCCAGCCACCCCUCCACCUUUAAGUACUCUUGGUCCACCUCACCUUAGUCAGCCUCCUACGUCUGGUAUAUGGAGCCCUCAAAAUCAACAUCAACAAAUCCAUCAUUUGAAUCGAAGUUUUACUACUCAUCAAUUUCAAAACUCAUCUCUACAGCCAGCAAGAAAACGUCAAUUUGAUGUAGCCUCACUUCUUGCACCUGAUGAUCCAUACAUAAAAACUUCUUUGCAACUUUCAAAAUCCCGUCAAAUCAGUUGCAGUGAAGAUGAGCCGGAAAAUGAACCGGACGAUGGAGAUAUUGAGAUAGAUGUUGUGGCUGAACCAGAAAGAAAAAAAGUACAUUCUACUUUGAAGCUCAUAAAUAGUAAUUGUUGGAGAGAUGCUCCGCUUCCAAGUGCAGAAAGAGAACAUGAUUCUAUGGUGCAGUUACAUGAUUUACAUCUCAGUAGCUACUAUAUGCCAGCAAAUACAAACUCAACUGCAUCAAGCAUGUAAAACGAAAAAUAACAAAGGCUGCAUUAAGCGGCUGUAUUAGUACUGAGAAAAAUUUUGACGAUGUUUGUUUAAAUUUUUUUCCCGAAAUUUUAAUUAUAAGGUAGAUAAAAGCAAUAUGAGCACUGAGAAACCUUUUGCUUAAAAAUGUUGUAAUCAUAGAUUUUUCAAGAAAUACUUUGGCAUCUAUCUUAUAAACUAAAUUAAAUAAUUUCGAAGGAUUAUAAAAAAAAUUAUUUUCACAAGUCUUUGAAAACAAUUAAAUCAUAUUGCAAGUAUCUAUCUUAAAUUAAAUAUAACAGAUUCAGUAUUUUCUAGUUACUUAUUUAAUCUUUCAUUAACGAAAUAAAAUAUUUGGCUGUGAAAAUAUUCAGAGAUGCUGCUAAUUACAGCUGUUUUGUGAUUAAAUGCUCAGUUGUAUUACUUGUCAUUUAAUACAUAAUAGUAUAUAUUGCAGUUUGAUAAAACAUGAGAUUGACUCAACCGUUCGAAAAAUAAUACUUUUUCGGAAAAUUCUUUUUUACACUUUCACUAUACUCAAUAUAUUUUAUGACAUAAAUGCAUACACUGAAAAAUGAAAAUAAAACAACUCGGUAAUUGCCAUUCUGUUACAAAAAAAAAAAAAUGCAAAAACUUAUUCUUUUCAAAUUUCAAAACAUAAAAUAUUUUUCUAACUACAUGGUUAUAAGCCUUUAUGUGUUAAUUGUACGUUUUGUAUCUUUUUAAAAUCAAGAUCAUAUAAGGUAGGAUUACGUUUCUUAUAUUAGCUGCAUCUUCUCUAUUUUGUAUAUAACUAAAAUCAAAUAUUAUUAUUAUUUUUUUAUAAUUAAAAUUGAAAUCUUUGAUAAUGACUUUCUUGUUAUAAAUAAAAUUCAAAAUUUAUUAAAUAUUUCAUUUCCUAAUGUCCAUAAUCGUAAAUAAAUGUGAAAUGUGCAUAAAAAGAGAGGAUGAGGGAAAAAGAGGGCAACUUAGAUGUACAUAUAUCUGCAUUUAUGCAGUAACAUUUCGCUACGAAAAAUUGCUCUCGAUUGUUUAAAGUGUAAUAUACGUAUUGUAUAAUGUAACUGAUAUAUAAAAGAGGGGAACAUGUUUAAGUGCUGCUCAUAAAUAUAUUCACAACGAGUGUGUAUUAAGUGCAGAAGCUGCAUGCGUUAAACUUUUUAAAACAAGUAUUAUUGCUGGAUCAUCAUUACAUCUAUGAACAAUGUAAGGUAUUGAUAUAUCGACAGCCUACAAACUUCGUACAAGUUGACGAUAGUAAAAACAUCAAAUUUGUCUUUGUCAACUGAAAUGCGAUAUUAAUUAAAUAAAAUUCUACGUCCCCAAAUA